AUGGAAAACUCCAACCCGUCCCAGCCGAGCAUAGAGGACUUGGUUCGCCGCGUGCUCCAAAGUCUUGGGGAUAGCAUGGCUUCGACAUCGGCGUCGGCUGCAACACCAUUGACCGUUUCGGCCGUGCCGGAAUUCAGUGGCGAGGACCUUGGAGACGAUGCGAAAGGGUGGUGCGAUCGGGUUGAGGAAAUCACCAAGGAAGUGCCGAAGCAGCGGUUGAGCUUGGCAACGCACGCAUUGACGGGACGCGCGAAAACGUGGUAUAAACGGUGGGACGCUCGACCAUGUACAUGGGAGAAAUUUAGAGAGGACCUGUGUGCUGUGUUUGUUGCCGAGCGGAAGCUGCACGACCGAAUGCUGCGUGCAUUGCAGUACACAAGUGACACCGCGGUUGGUUACGCCGAUUAUGCGCGUACGAAACUCUUGUAUCUAAAACAAACGGGUGUGUCGUUCACCGAAAAGGAACUGACGGAACUAAUAAUAAGCACGAUAAGUGACGUGAAUGUGCGACAAGCGAUGCUAAAUGCUCGAUUCAAUGCUACGUCGGAGCUUCUAGUGGGAAUCGCCGAUUAUAGAAAGGUCGUCGCUACCGAAGAUGGAAAACGGCAAAUAGAAAAGCACUCGUCGCAAACAUCGAAACGGUGCUACUCGUGUAACGAGUACGGGCAUACGGCGAGGCGAUGUACGAGGCAACGGAAGGACAGGAGUCGGAGUCCGCUGAGACGUAGUCCGCCGAGACAGGGGUCGACGACCACAAAAAGGGGUGCGCCUACCUGCACCUAUUGUUCGAAAAGGGGACACGAGGAGGUUAACUGCUGGGCGAAGCGACGGGCGAAUCGAGAUGGACAGGUGCCGAAGAAGUUUGACACGAAAGACAAGAACCAAGUGAACGUAUGUUAUUCAGUGAUUCAUAAACCAUCCGCGAUACUAUUAGAGGGCCUGCUCGUAGAAAACUGUCUGCUAGACAAUGGCGCAGCUUGCUCCAUAGUGCAAGAGUCGGUAGCCAAGCGGGCAAACUGCCGAAUCGUCCCGCGCAUCACCACCUUGCGGGGUCUCGGGGAUUCGGCUACGGUCACGAUCGGAGGUACCACCGCGAUGGUCCAAAUCAAGGACGUGUCGGCCAAAGCCAACUUGUACGUCGUGCCGGACAGGACAAUCCCGUACGACGUAAUCGUAGGGAAGAAUUUCGUCGUGGGGAAAGGCCUGCGCAUGGUCACCGACUCGGAUGGGACGACAACGGUGGAGCGCGGACAGGUACACACCGAAGAGGCUCCCGCCGCUGAUCCUCUCUGCUACGCUGUGGACCAGGAGGAUCCUAGAACGAAGGAAGCCGUGGCAGCGGUACUAGGGCGGUACCAACAUAUGCUGGCUUCUGGUAGCAACGUGCGACGAGUAAGUACAGGCGAGAUGUCCAUCGUGACGAAAGAGGACCGCGUGGUGAGUUACCACCCGUACCGUUUGUCAUUCGUCGAACGAGAAAAGGUUCGCGGUAUAAUAGAUGAACUAUUAGCGAAUGAGAUAAUACGCGAGAGCACGUCACCUUAUACUAGCCCGAUAAUCCUUGUAAAAAAGAAAAACGGCGAGGAGCGUAUGUGCGUUGACUUCCGCGCGCUAAACAAAAUAACUGUUAAAGAUCGCUUUCCCCUGCCACUAAUAGAAGACCAAUUAGAUCGGUUAGGUACGGGCAAAUAUUUUACGACCUUGGACAUGGCCUCGGGAUUUUAUCAGGUCCCGAUUGCGGAAAAUUCAAUAACAAAGACGGCAUUUGUUACGCCUGACGGGCAUUAUGAAUUCUUACGUAUGCCGUUCGGCCUAACCAAUGCCCCAGCCGUUUUCCAGCGGGCGGUAAACAAAGCUCUAGGUAAUUUACGUUACAAAUUCGCUUUGGUAUAUCUAGACGACAUUUUGAUUCCGUCGGAGACCGUACAAGAGGGUCUUGAGCGGCUGGAACGGGUUUUGCAUGCUCUAGAUGUAGCCGGAUUUUCGUUGAAUUUAAAGAAAUGCAAAUUCUUUCAAACGACUAUUGAAUAUUUGGGAAGAGAAGUUUCGGCCGAGGGAAUUAGACCGGGCGCGGCAAAAAUAAAUUCACUGUUAGAAGCACCGGUCCCGGAAAACGUCAGGCAGGUACGGCAGUUUAUGGGCCUAGCCAGUUAUUUUCGGAAGUUUAUACCUGAAUUCGCGACACGAACGGCUUGCGUUACAAAACUUACGAAACAGGACGUACCGUGGUGUUGGGGUAACGAACAGGAGGAGGCACGAAGGUACAUCUUAGAGAAACUCUGCUCAAAACCUUUAUUGGUAAUUUUCGACCCAACAAGGGAAACAGAAUUGCACACCGAUGCUAGUGCCCUUGAUUAUGGUGCAAUUCUGUUCCAAAGAUUAGACAAUGAGUGGAGAGUGGUAGCAUACUUUAGUAGACGUACGACCACGGAAGAAUCGCGGUACCACUCGUACGAGCUGGAGACAUUAGCCAUAGUAAACGCAUUAAAACACUUUCGUGCCUACCUCCUGGGCAUCAACUUCAAAAUCAUAACGGACUGCAAUGCUGUGAAAGCUACGGGAACGAAAAAAGAUCUCGUGCCGCGAGUUGCUCGGUGGUGGAUUUUUCUCCAAGAUUAUUCGUUUGAACUAGAGUUCCGAAAGGGGAAACACAUAGAGCAUGUCGAUUACCUGAGCAGAAAUCCUCGUAAAGAUUAUCGAGUCAACCUUGUCUGCGAAGGCUCGUGGUUAGAGGCGGCACAAAGAAACGAUGUAGAAACUCGUGAGAUAAUCGAAAAACUAAAUUCGGGGCAUAGUUUAGCGUCGGACUACGAGCUCAGACAGGGGAUUUUAUGUCAUUUGAUCAAAGACGCUAUUAAUUUUGAUAUAUGUAAAGAGACUUAUGAUACUUUGAAUUAUACUGAUGCUAGUGUGAUUCCUGAUGCUGUUUUAGUUGAAGAUAAUACAGAAGAUGUUUCGGAAGUUAUGCAAGACGAUACAAAAUUUCGAGAAAUUGUAGACAUUGAUUAUAAGAAGAGGCACAAGUUGCUGAGGGUGGGUCAAGAACAGAUAAAUUGUUAUUCUCAAUACGUUCUAGAACAAUUUAACAGUGCAUCUGAUCGAAGCCUACCCAUUCACGAUUUAGAUUUAAAGAGAUGGGCCUUGAAAGCAAGAGAGGUAGUUCAUUUGCCUUCUCAAUUAUUCACGGCUUCAUCAAAAUGGAUAUACAACUUUAAAAUACAACAUGGCAUUGUUUUAAGAAAAAUAAAUAAAUUCGUGACACAAACGCAUAUUUUAAAUAAAGCAGAAUUAUUGGAACAAUCUACCAAUUAUGCGGCAGGGGAGGUGAACCCCUACGUGGCGCGUCCCCAGGUGGCGGAUAGGGGCAGCCGCUGGGAUGGGAUGCGGAGAUGGGGUCAUCAACCUGAGAAGGCUGGUGGCUGCAUCCUCGCAUGGCAUCCCGGAGGUCGGAGCGAAAGCUCCCGCGGACCAAACACCGGUAUGAAUGCGUUGCGCGUGUGA